AUGGACGAUUUUGCUUUGGCCUCCUGGGAGACUAGGUUCUAUCUUUGCUGGGAUAGGGUCCUACACCGUCUUUCCAAUGCGGCUAAGGUCAUGCAGGGUCUGAGUCUGCACGAUCCCGAAACCCCUACCGAGGGCAAUGUCAUAGUUACAAUGGUGCUUGAGGAGGUUGAGAAACAAUCAGAAGUCAAAAUAGUUGUUACAGGAGCCAAUAAAGGGAUUGGACUGGAGAUCUGUCGACAGUUAGCAUCUAAUGGUGUACUGGUGGUGUUAACAGCUAGAGAUGAGAAUAAGGGUGUCGAAGCAGCUGAAAAUCUCAAAGCGGCCGGACUCCCUAAUGUGAUCUUUCAUCAGCUAGAUGUGAUGGACCCCUCUAGUAUUGCUUCUCUUGGAGAUUUCGUCAAAUCCCAUUUUGGGAAGCUUGACAUCUUGGUGAACAACGCCGGGAUUGGUGGAGUGAUAGUAGAUGAUGCUUUAAGGGCCCAGAACCUUCAGAGUGGUGAGAAACCAGAUUGGAAGAAAAUAAUGACCCAAACUUACGAUUUGGCAGAAGAAUGUUUGCAAACAAACUACUAUGGAACUAAAAGAGUGACUGAAGAACUUAUUCCCCUCCUUCAGCUAUCUGAUUCAGCAAGAAUUGUUAAUGUUUCCUCUUCCAUGGGGAAGCUACAGCAUAUCUCCAAUGGACGAGCUAAAGAGGUGUUGGGUGAUAUUGAUGGCGUCACGGAAGAGAAAGUGGAUGAGGUGAUAACUGAGUUUCUGAAGGAUUUCAAGGAAGAUUGUUUGGAAUCAAGAGAUUGGCCUGAUGUUCUAUCUUCCUAUAAAGUCUCUAAGGCGUCUGUCAAUGCUUAUACACGAAUUCUGGCAAAGAAGCAUCCCAAUUUCUGCAUAAACUGUGUCUGUCCUGGUUUUGUGAAAACAGAUAUUAACUGCAAUACCGGUGUCUUGACUGUUGAAGAAGGUGCAGAAAGUCCUGUGAGGUUGGCUUUGCUCCCUGAUGGUGGGCCUUCCGGCCUGUUCUUUAAUCGGAAGGAAGUAUCACCGUUUUAACUUUAUUUGGAAGGUUUGGGCCCAACUUCACCGAGAGACAAUAAACUGGUUCAUGAGCUCUCACAACUCUUUCUGCCAUUUGUUCUAUUCUGCUUUCCAUCUUUAUAGUCUUCAAGGAAAUAACUCACUUUUGUUUUUGGUAAAACAUUGAAUCAUUCCAUUAAACCAGACCCCAAAAUAGAGUU